ACAAACGCGAGGAAAUUCGAAAAACGCAACACAACAAUACAAGUCUGACAAGUUGAACAUCAUCAACACGUUGUUGAAUGACUGCAAACUGAUUUUUUUUAAUACUCAUGAUGAAUGUUUUAAGGAAUAAGAUGAGAAUAUAUGUGAAAGAGACCGAAAAUAUCUUGAGGAACCCUAAAAGCAUUGAUGAAGUUACGAUAUGCGUUGAGGAAUUUUAUAAAAUUACAUUGGGUCACGAACAGAGUGUCAAUUUAAGAUUUGAAGAUGUGUGCUUUAUUCGUGAAGUAUUCCUGUCAGAAUUUUACCCGAUAUUACUAAAUACCUUUAUUGAAACACUACAAGUGGAAUGGUUCACAAAUCCGGAACAUAAACACAUGUCAGAAAUUUUUGAUAAAACUUUCUUGGUUGGUGACGCGGCGGGCGCAUUCACUGUUCUUGUAAGAUGCAUUGAUAAUUUAGAAGCCAGUUUCAGACUGAAUAAAUGUGUUUCCCUGCUGGAAAAAUUCCUGGAUAAUCGAGGAUUGUUCCAGAUUAUCCAGACAGCCUGUAAGUCCGCUCCAGAUAACAGCCUGGAUUUUGUGUGGGAGGACCUGAUCAGCUUGAUUGCUACACUUCCAGACAAGACCGCAAAUAAACUGCAGUUCCAAAACAGUGAGAAGUUUUACCCCCAGCACUACAUCCCGUUGCUCUGUAAGGAGACUAUGGACGUACUGAGAAACAUGCACCAAAGACUGAGCAACAACAGCAACAACAGCAACAUUCACCUAGAGUUCAUCAGCCGGCUGAUAGGCAAGGUCUGCAUCUCCGGACAUGCUGUAAUUUUGUGGGGGUCCCUUGUACCCUCUUUAGAGCGGGAAGUACGUAAGGACUACAUUUGGUGUCGAAUAACGGAGAGGAUUGUCACUGGGGUGCCAGACCGGUGUCUAGAGUGUUCCCUUACAGCACUUCUCUCACAGCUGCCGUGGUAUGGCCUGGUGGAGAAGUUCAUCGGAGGGAGUGUGAUGAAUAAGCAGAAGAUUCAGUACUUGCUGUGUACCAAGCUUCUGUUUCAUAGGCACUCACAGGAAAUACUUUUGCUUCAAAGUAUUAUUGGAUAUCUUGGGACUUCUCACACAAGAAAAUCCUUGUUUGUAAAGGCAAUGAGGGAUCUGCUCUCAGUGUGGGGGGACAGCAGUGCGGUGAGACACACCUCCGUGGAGCAGCAUCUGUACAUCACAAAGGCCCUGUUCAUAGCUCUUGGAUUUCUCAAGGAAUCGGACAAGGCGGAAAUUAGAGAGGAUUUUAUCCAGCUUUUGAUGCCCGGUAUUCAGUGUCACAUCGGAAGCUCAGAUCAUCAAAUCCGGAAGAUUGGCAUGGCACUAGCCGAGACAAUAUCUGCUGCCCUGGACCCCAAAGGCCAGCAACUGAAGUUUGAGUUUCCUCGAGAUGAUGAAGUUGAGUUUUUGGUCUCCUUGACUACACCCCCAGAAGACCCAGGUCUACAGACUUUAACUAGUGAAAUGAGUGAAGUUCAUAUAAACACAGAGGCAGAUGAAGAGAAUUCUACAGAAAUGCAGACAAAAAAGGAAAGUGAAGAUGACCUUCAUACUGACCCAGAACUAGACAGUGAUGAUGACCUUGUACCAUAUGAUAUGUCCAAUGACACAAAGUUCACAAAGGUCAAACAACCUAAAUACAUCAGAGAUUGCAUGGAAGGUUUAAUCAGUGUUGAUGACCCUAACAGGUUAGAAGUAUGUCUCGGUGUCACAGAAGCUUUGAUCAGACGGAAUCCCGAUGGACUCUUAGAAAUAGCUGAAGAGUUUGCUAAAAUCCUCAUUCACCUGUCAGAUCGAUACUCCACCAACGACUUCGUUCCUCAUAGGUUCAGGUCAUUAGUGGCCUUAACAGUUCACGCUCCAGAACAGGUUUCCAAGUAUCUGACAACUCAAUUUUAUGAAAGGAAUUACAAUCUUGCACAGAGAAUGGACAUUUUAGAGGUCUUGGGAGCUGCAGCUCAAGAGCUCUCUCAGCCUGCAGAAUCUCGGCCAACAGAGAAAGCAGCACCACCUGGCAAGACAGCAUCCAGGGAUUCAGACAGCACCACAGAGGACUGGAGAGAGAUUGUCAAACAGAGGAUAGAAAGCAAGACCAGGAGGUUUGGGAAGGGAACCAGAAAAGAGCUGGUGGCCACAAAAAAUAAAUUUGCUUCAGUAGCAGGGUGCUUCUUCUACCCCCUUAUGGCAAACUACGACAGGAAGGAGAACACCUUUGAUUUAAUGGGUGAAGACAGUCUAGUGUUGGCCCGGCUAGUGUACACACUUGGAGUCAUUAUUUACGCUGCCAUUAACACUCCAGCUGUGAAACAGAUGGCAGACAGACUGCUGGAGUUUCUGUGGGUCAUUCGAUUUCAUACUGACGUGAGUGUACGGCAUGCAGUUUUGUUUGCUGUUUCCAUGGUGAUUUUGUCAGUACCUGGCCAUAUAUUACUGACAGAUUUGCAGUGUGAAGUCAUGGAAACCAAACGUUGGCUGGAAGAUGUUGUGGAAAAAGAUGUAAAUGCAGAGUCCAAGAAGUUGGCCAUACAAAGCCUGGUACUUCUGGAGAAUGUAAUCAAACAGGAGUUCACCAAAGGAGCUGAUCUAACUUGAAGGAAAGAAUGGAAAAUCUGUGAAGACUGCAAAUGGAAUAGCUCACACAUGCAAACUGUAGGUCAGAGAGCAAGGGUCAAGAACAAGGCACAGAAAGGACUGGAGAGAACAUAGCGCCCUAAGCCCACAUCAUCAGUUUUUCGCCAACAAAUGGGAUGUUUUGUUGAUGAUUCAGAAUACUUCAAAAUAGCAUUACCAUGUACUGAUGUUGCUAAAACUUUGUUUGUACUUUCUCAAUAAAUUUAUCAAAUAGAA